CCCUCAUUCAUUCGCGGAGGGCAAUCUCUGUUCUUAAAGACACAGGCAAGCGACCCACGUCCACAGGAGCGAGAGAAGGAAAAAAGAGAGAAAAAAGGCGUUUUUACUUAAUUCCUGUCCAAGAGGGGAACAGUUCCGCUGCACGCAGAGAUAAGGCACAGGAGGGUAUGGCCAAGUUUUUCCGUGCUGCUGUUUUGGGUUCACCGGGAUCUGGAAAAGGCACGAUCUGCAAGAGGAUUGCACACAGCUUUGGUCUGCAGUACCUGUCCAGUGGCCACUUUCUACGCGAGGGCAUAGCAGCUGACACAGAGGCAGGUGUGCUGGCGAAGAGCUACAUAGAGAGAGGCAUGCUGGUGCCUGACCAGGUGAUGACCAGAUUGAUGCUGCCCAAACUGGAGCAGCUGAGGAACCACAGCUGGCUGCUAGACGGUUUCCCUCGUACACUGGCACAGGCUCAGGCCCUGAACAAUCUCUACCAGAUGGACUUGGUCAUCAACCUCAACAUUCCCUACGAGACUCUGAAGGAGAGGCUGAGUGACCGCUGGAUCCACCCUGCCAGCGGGAGAGUUUACAACAUGGGGUUCAACACGCCUCAAGUGCAGGGCAAAGAUGACGUCACCGGGGAGCCACUGAUUCAGCACGAUGACGAUAAGCCAGAAGCUCUGAUGGCACGACUCAGACACUACAAGGAAGUGGCAAAGCCUGUUAUAGACCUAUACAAAUCACAAGGAAUCCUGCACUCGUUUUCUGGAACAGAGACAGACAGGAUUUGGCCUUACAUCAACUCUCUCCUCAACACCAAGAUGCACACGCAGCCGUCAGACCCCAAUCCAACUCAGAUGGCCUGACUGCUUCGAGAAGAGACAACGGAGAAGUAAAAGGAAGUGUUUUUUUUUUUUUUUACCUGCUGGAGUGACAUUCCAAGAAAUGCACUAGGACACCAAUCAACAUGUUGGUUGAUUUUUAUGAAUAGUUGUGCGUAAACAUUUCCAAAGCUCUGUACUUAAGAUUGCCUUGAUUUCCUAAUCAUCACUUUAAAAUGUGGGUGCUUCCAAGGGUUUUGGAAAAACAGUUUUUUCUUUUUUUUCCCCUUGUUUGUAUGACUUUUCUUAUUUUCAAUCAUACUUGUGUGGAGACUGAAAAGGUGGAACAAAAGGUAGAAAUCCAGUGUUUUAAUGGCAGUUCAGGUAUUUUCUGUAAACCAAAUUUUGAGGAGUGAUAAAACAAGUUAUCCAUAAACUAAAUGCUUUAUUAAUGCAGAUAUUUCAACUUGUGCUUGAGUUUCAAGUUGAAAUAGCAGCAGGAUUUGCUAAUUGUUUAUCUCAAUAACCAGGCUAACUACAACUAGCAAUCCAAGCCAGUAACUAAAAUUUUUUCCCUACUAAAACACUGUGUGUGUGUGUGUGUGUGUAUGUGUGUGUGUGUUCCUGUCUUGGCAUCACAGUGAGAACCAUUUUUCCAAUUUCACCAUCAAAUUGAGGACCGUUUGUACCAAAGUGAGGACAUUUU